AUGAAGUUAACUCAAUUCAUAGUAGCAGGUUUAUGCUCAUUAGUAAUGAUUCGAGCUGAUGAGUCUGUUACAGAUAAUUCUGUUCAUUCCAUUAAAGUAUUUGUAAAAUCACUACAAGAUAAUACAAUUGAAACGGUAGGAUCAAUUCAAUAUAACACCAAUAAAAAGAGAGCAGAAUUCGUAUACAAUGACGAUAAAGAAAUUCAAUUAAAUAAAGGUUCUGGUUACUGUUUUGGAACUGAGGAUAUACCCAAUCAUGAAUGUUUUGCCUAUGUGGAAGGAAAUAAUAAAUCUAUAAAGAGUAAGAACUUUCAUUUAUUUACUAAUGAACAAGAUGAAAUUUCUCAAUUAUCGAUCAGUAACGAGGAUGGCGACAAGCCAAAAGUUAUAAUUCAUAAUGUAGUCAAAUCACCUGUACCAAACUUAAAUGCUGAAUCAAUUAAGGGUCAAAAGCAAAAUCAAAAGGCAGGACCAAAGAUUGAAAAAGUAGUACAGAAGAAAGUUGUCAAAUAUAUUAAUGAUGAAGGUAUAGAAUCAGAAAAGGAAAUAGAAGAAGAAGUUGAAGUAGAGGUUGAUGACAGAUCCUGGAUCCAAAAGAAUUGGAUGUAUAUUGUGCCAACAUUGAUCCUUUUCUUAUUGAUGGGUGAUGAAAAGAAGGAAUAA